AUGUCACUUGUGCUUCACUAUGAUUUUGGUCCCAUAAUGAAUAACAUUAUUAGGGUUGGGAGUAUACUUUCGCAGCAUGAAUACAUGGAAAGUGUUGGGUACUCCUGCAAGGACGAGUGCCAACUAACUGGAGUAAUUCCAACAGAACUCGGUUCAUUGUCGGAGCUACGAGUUUUGUCUUUUUUAAAAAAUGCACUAUCUGGGAAUGUGCCUUCCUCCUUUGGAAACUUGUCUUCGCUGCAGGUUCUUGAACUCGCAGAAAAUAACUUGGGCGAGAGCAUUCCCAAAGUUCUAGGCAGCCUGACUUUAAAUACUAUCGCUGUCGGAGGAAACAGAUUGUCCGGUACAAUUCCGCCCUCGUUGCUCAAUCUCUCUUCUCUAAUUCAGUUUGACGUUGGAGGCAACCAGAUUCAAGGUAGUCUUCCUGCAGACUUAGGCUUGACGAUCCCAAAUCUUCAAUUUUUUAGCAUUGGCAUGAACCAAUUUGUGGGACCGAUUCCUCCCUCAGUAUCCAAUUGGACAACGCUAGAGGUUAUUCAAUUCGGAAAGACCAAGCUUUCAGGGAAAGUGCCUUCUUUCGGAAAUAUGCCUAAGCUUCGGUAUUUUUCCAUCUUUUAUAACCAUCUGGGAAGUGGAAAUUCUGAAGACUUAAGCUUUGUAUGCCCAUUGACAAACUCCACUGCAUUAAAGUCCUUCAGAAUUGAUCGGAACAGACUCGGUGGGGCAUUACCCCGAUGCAUAGGUAAUUUCUCGAGCACUCUCAGGUCACUUGGUGUGAACGAGAACCUAAUGUCUGGUGAGAUUUCUGGAGAGAUUGGAAAUCUAGUCAACCUAGAAGUGUCAGAUAUGUAUCUCAACAAGUUUUCAGGCGAGGUCCCCUCAAAUUUUGGGAAUUUACAAAAUCUAGUGGGAUUGCAGUUAAUCGAUAACAACCUGGAAGGGAAGAUCCCAACUUCUUUAGGAAAUCUAACCAAGUUGAUCAGACUAAGUCUUGGUUUACGCCAUUUUGGAAUAUCCUCUAAGAAAUGGCGUAGCCAUUCAAAUUCCUCUUCACCACUUUUAUCUAAUGCUAUAAAUUCAGAUUCCAUUGUGGAUCUCGGCUAUAACAGCUGUUUACGGGAUUUCCAAGAUACUGCUCCUCCGCUAGUGUGA